AAUGCGGGGAACGUGUCGAGCGCAUGACACAGUUCCGUUUUCGGCAGUGACGCGGUUAAUGCUGCGCGCGCACGCGCAGAGCGCCGCGGCCACACCUCCGCGAUAUGAGCGCGCGCACCAAACGUACACAUCGCACACGUGAGUGAGUUCGCGCAGUCGGCGUGCUUGGAGGAUCCGGCCCGGCGGUGUUCGGAUGCGCGCGCGAGACUUAUGACUCUUGCGGGGGCUGCAAAUGGGCGGCACGGGUGGCAACCUCUACCUCAGCAUGUUGACCGGCGCCGCCGAGGCGAAGAGCCCCGAGGCGAACGGACACCUCCACCGCGGCGGGGCCAAGGAGCCGCACGGCCAGGACGCUCGCUUCUACUACCCGGACUCUGCGGCGGGCGGCCAGGACGCCCUGGCGCUCCAGCGGCACUACCACCCGGAGCAGGCGCUCGGCGGCUUCGGAGCGGCGCAGCCGGCCCGCUUUUACGCGCAGACGCUCGGCGGCUGCGCGUACGCGGGCGCGACGGGCUCGCCGCAGAGGAGCGCCGCCCGGCCGGGCUUCGGGGACGCGUACCCGCCCUCGCCGGACAGCUUCGGGGCGGCAGCGGCGGCGGGCUACCAGCGGGCCGCCCUGUACCCGCUGCCCGGCUUGCAGCUGUGCGGCAAGACGCAGGCGCUGCUCAACAACUACCCGCUGUGGGCCAAGUUCCACAAGUUCCACACCGAGAUGAUCAUCACCAAGCACGGCAGGAGGAUGUUCCCAUUCCUGAGUUUCAACAUCAGCUCGCUGGAUCCGUCGGCGCACUACAACGUGUUCGUGGACGUGGUUCUGGCCGACCAGCAUCACUGGCGCUACCAGGGCGGCAAGUGGGUGCAGUGCGGCAAAGCGGAGGGCAACAUGCCAGGAAACAGGACGUACGUGCACCCCGACUCUCCCAACACGGGCGCCCACUGGAUGAGACAGGAAGUGUCCUUCAGCAAGCUCAAGCUGACCAACAACAAGGGCGGCACCAACAACGUGGCGCAGAUGAUCGUGCUGCAGUCGCUGCACAAGUACCAGCCGCGGCUGCACGUGGUGGAGGCCAAGGAGGACGGCACCGAGGACGCCUUCCACGCGUCCAAAGCUCAAACCUUCGUCUUCCCCGAGACGCAGUUCAUCGCCGUCACCGCCUACCAGAACGCCGACAUCACACAAUUAAAAAUAGACCAUAACCCCUUUGCCAAAGGCUUCCGUGACAGUUAUGACACCUUGUACGCACCGCCAGACCCCGAGCGCCUCACCCCCUCCCCCACGGAGAGCCAGCCCCUCCUGCCGGGGGGCUGCUACCCUGCGGGCUACCUGUCCGAGCCGUACAUCAGCCCCCUGCCCCAGAGUCGCUUCUACGGCCGAGAAGCGGCGGCCGGCCAGCAGCCCAAGGACGUCCCCGCCAGUCCGGGACCGCACUGGUACCUGCCGUCCCAGCAGGCCGUCGCCCCCAACCGCCUGGACUUUGCGUCGUCCUUCGAGGGCGACUUCUCCGGCAACGCCCUCUACAAGCCCUUCCCCCUGCAGACCCCCCCGCACCCGGGCCUCAGCUACUAUCCCGAGCACCCGUUCGCCUCCACCAGCGUGUCCACCGCGGCGGGUUGGACCGCCGCCCGGGCCCCGCCUCAGUACCUGGCCAGUAAGCCCGCCCCCAGCCUGGCUUGGUUCCGCCCGCUGUCCUCGUCGCCCUCGUCGCCCGGCAACGCCAGGCUGCACGCCGCCGCGCUGGACCCCCUCCCGCUAGCCGACAAGAGUAAAGACGGCGCCGGGGGCGAGGAGCACUGGCUGGAGCCGACCUCGGUGAAGUCGCCCGACUCGGUGGACUCGACCCCGUUUGAGGCUGGCUCGGGCGACGUCAAGAAGAGGAGGUUGUCGCCCUACGCCUCCAGCACGGAGAACUCGCCGCCGCCCAAUCGCGGUGCCCAGCUGUGCGACAAAGACGCCGACUACUUUGGCUAUUACACCCGCUGAGCCACACUUUUGCCCACCCGGCCCCCUGAGCCACUUGAGCAUUUAUUCAGUAUCCUUGAUAUCCAGCCCAAGGUCCGUGUACUAGUACGCCUUUUGUCCUCACUAGUAAGACAAUUGAGAACAUUUUUGCCACUACUAGUUGACAUUUCUGCAUACCAGUCAGGCAACUGUAGGAAACUAGUAGGAAGGGGUUGAACCGACUACUCGACUAGUCAAUCGGUCAAUUUUACUACACCGCAUCGACGUGUAUUUGUUUAUAUGCCGAACCGUCAAAACGUCUUUACGCGAAACCGUUCCGUGGUGCAAAAAAAAGGUUGGGGACUGCUGUACUGUGCUGAAAAAAUAUCAACGAUCUAAUCGAUUAAUCGACUUUGACACAACUUUCAUCACAUUAUUGUCACGGAAAAACUCACCUACAGUGAACCCCCGCGAAGUGCUGCUGUGAGUAGCGAAAAUCCGCCCACCUCAAAAAGUUUGGAUUUGCCUAGAGAUGCCGUAAGAUGGUGGCAAAGCACUUUUUGCCUCUUGGACCAGGUUAUGGCCUGACGAAAUGAAGCUCCUCCCCUCAGUUCAGUUCAGUUGCUUGGCACCAAGAUGCCAUCAGAUGGCGCCAAAGCAAUAUUUUUAUAUUAGACAUGACUUUGGCCUAAGCACAAAAACAGCGAAUAAUGGAGGACAGCUUCCACCCCCAAAAAAUGUGCAAUUAUGCAAAUUUGUAAAUUUCAAAGAGUGGGUAUCAUUACUAGUAUGAGACAGUCAUUCUACUAGUGCCAUGAAUUGUCUUACUAGUUAGGACAAAACAACAUAAUAACGUCAUAAGUGGCACAAAUUGUGGAAAAAACACAGUAAGACACGGUCGUUCUACCAGGGGUGUAAAUUUGUUUUAGGAUUAAGGGCAAAGAGUCUGCUAGUACCUGGACCUUAAGAUGGACAUCGAAGAUAUCUAGAAUAAAUGCUCAAACGGGUUACCAAUCGCAGGAACACAUUUUCAUGCUUUGACUUUCAGUAUUUGAGGACGCCAAGCGGAUGUGACUGCUCCUCUGGACCAGGGCUUCCUAAACUUUUUGGGUCCAGGGGAGAAUUUUUUUCAAGGACCCCCCCCCCACCCUCCCUCCCUCCCUCCCGCCCUCCUAGUCUUCAAACCAAACAGAACCACCACGUGAAACCCUUAAGAUAAAAUUGUAAUAUUAUGAUGUUAAAGUCAAAGUUUAACAUGGGAACAAAGUCAUAAUUGAACAAGUGAAAUUUAAAUAUAAUUUUUUUUUUUGUCUCAUAAUAUUUUUUUGUCUUUCAUAUGGGAAAAGAGGCUUUUAUUCUCGAAGAAAAAAAAUGGCUCUACAUUCUUGAAAAAAAUAGACUUUUUGUUUUUGUUGUCGCCAUCAUAUCAGAGCUUUUAAUUGGUAGGGGCGAGUCAUCGGUUUAGCAUGUUAGCGAAACAGCGUGUCCAUGAAGUCUCCAAAAUGUAACACAUUUAUUACAAAAGCAAAUGAAUAGACAAAACUCAAAAUGAGACGUAAAUAUUCAUUUUGUUAUUGUUGCCUCGUUUGAUUGACCUUUUUUAUGGGCAAUGUUAAUUGAAGUAUUCGAUUGCUUGCCGCUCAUCAACCGUGGCAAUGACAUCAGUCAUUUUGUUCAUAUCAUGUUUGAUUCAAAUGAUUUAAAAAAAAAAAAAAUGUAACAAUCCUUUUUUUUUUUCUAGUAAAUUAAAGUAAAAAAAAAGUCCAUUUUUUUUUAGAAUAUUAUUAUAAUUUCGCACACGAUUUUGCAGUGGGUUGUUAAUUUUUUUUUUUUUUUCCCAAAACUGUAUAUACCAGACACAAUGAGACUAAACACUGAACAUGUCUAAAAGACUUUGUGGACACUCCCAGUGUGAAAAAUGGUUGGACCGACGCUCAAUUCCUAACGCACCCCGAGGAAACAAUACAGCAGAACAUUUGGAGGAGGUGACAAAACAGAGCGAGAGAACACAGAGGUGAACAUCGAGGCCAAUUGAUGGUUGGUGAAAGUUACCAUAGUGACAGGAGGGGCAGGGAGGAGGUGGGUUUUCAGCCAUCUCUCAUGGUGCGUUUGAGGCCAGCGGGAAAGACGAAUGUUGCAUGUUGCGGUCUGAUCUUCUUCUGUGCGCCAGAAAAAAAAGUGGGUCACUCCAACACCUGGAGCCAAACAGACCCUUGUCACCACCGUAAACAGGAAGUGGGAAGUGACCACACAGACACUAUGUCCCCCAGGGCGGCAGGGGUCUUUCGGGGGCCCUGUCUGUGAGAAAGCGUUCUCCACCCAAGGUUGACUUGUCUGAGCCAAAACUAAACAUCUUGAUCAUCACCGAAUACUUAAUGGUGUUGUUUUUUUUUAAUGCUCAAGGAGGU